ACUCUGAGGAAGAUUCAGAAGGCAGAGUUGUAUGUUCCAGCUGUUUGUGGUAUUUGCGAUACCAGAGAAACCUCGUUUGUGCGCAUGCCUUUUCUGUCCCAAACAUGGCUCAUCCACGAAAUUUGCACGAACUCAGUCGGAAGUUAUGGUACUUGCAAAAUCAGCCAGACUUUCAUUAUGACCAAAGUGCUCCGCUGGAUGACGAGUUCGAAGAACUGUUCCAACAGCCUCACACUGACAAUGCUACCGCGAAUGUCAUGCAGCAGUCGUGCUGUUCCUCGCAACUUCUACCGUCUCGAAUGUCUUCGCGUUGUGCGGACGAUAUGCCGCCACGCAGCGAACUGGACUACAACUUCGGUGGAUACACACAAUUCUCGCAACUGGGCUGGCCUUCGCCACGACACCGAAUAUACGAUUCACAGAUGACCACCGGAAUCUCUAGUCCUCUUGCGCUGCCUUCGGACCGUCAGCGGCCAUCAUUCCAAGAGAACCA